AUGCGGUUCCUUUCUUUUCGUACCAAUGGACUAAAUGGGUACCAAAAAAGUGAACGUGCUUGGAGAGAAGAACAAGACCGCUUGGCUACACUCAAAGGUUUGAAAAAAAUAAAUAUGCUACAUGGACCGGCCACAUGUCGUUUAUGUGGGGAGACCGAUGAAGACGCAAAUCAUCUUUUUGCCUCGUGCUACACUACUGCGAUUGUUUGGCAAAAGGUUAGUGCUUGGUGUAAUAUCCCUCCGAUUUACGCCUAUGAUUUCAGAGACCUGCUUAAAUUUCAUAAAAGUUCGAAUAAGUCGGAGCAUAAGAAAAAGCUGGUGCAAACAAUUGUGUUGACAACAUGUUGGGAGAUCUGGAAAGCUCGGAAUGACACCAUUUUUGCUGGGAAGAGAAUAGCGGUUGACGGAAUUUUCGGGGAACUACAAUCUUUGGCGUUGACAUGGAUCAAACAUAGAUCAAAGGAUGCGCUCAUGGAUUGGGAGAGUUGGUUUCAAACUUGGGUGAUUAUCAAAGGGGAUGGCUAUAUUGUUGCUAACACCUCACUGGAGGUCCAAGACGAUCAUGCCAAGGGUGAGAGGCAGAAGCAAGAAAGCAGGCUUGUGGAGGAAGUUUAG